AUGGGAACCAGCACAGUGGCCACUACCGAGGAGCCUCUGCUAACACAAAAUGACACUGACGGAAGUGAGCCGAAGCCCCUUCCGAGACAUCCAAAUGAAACAUAUGAGGAUUAUGGAAAGGGCCUUCCGAAGAAGCUUGAGCGAAGGGAUGAAGAACACGACAUCCAAAAUGAUGACAACCAGAUACCCCAGGAAGAUGGCAAGCAGAGCUCACACGAUAAUCAAAGUCCAGCUGAGUCCAAUACAGGAUCUACGACUCCAGUUGAUCCUUCUGAAGGUGACGAGGAUUCUAACAAAGAGUAUUUGAAUGAUCUACAGUUCAAGAAGAAAGAUCUCAAGAAACCAAGAACCCAGUCAUUCCAACUGGUCUUAUCCACUGCAUCGCUCAAGUCCUUGAGACAGACAGAGCCGGCUAAUCCUCCUGCGCUACAAAGAAACUCAAGUAACCUUGGCAACAUGAGCCUGACGGGAACGGGCAACCACAAGAACUUCCAGUCAUUCAUCCAAGCACCUGUGCUUUCGUCAGUCAGUAAUCUUCGUGCAUUGGACAAUAUAGUGAUUGGACAGCAACUACCCUUUGAUCACAAGGACCCACCAUCGGAAAGCGAACUGAAUAGACUGAGACACAACAGCAAUGUGACGCAGUCGAGUACUCAACCGGUGAUAAAGGAUGACCGUGACGAUGAUGACGAAUACAGAGAAGAGACAAUACUACAACAACAGAAACUCACUCUUAAUGCCUUGAAAAAGCUUUCUUUGUCCUUAGCACCAAUUAUAAGAUCUGACGAAGAGACUGGACCUGAAUCCAGGCAACUCACAACAAAACUGCUUAACGGUCUGCUCAAGCCGGAGUCGAAGCUUGAACAGAGAAAAGAAGAAGGAAACAAUAAGCUGCAAACAGAGAAUCGUACUAAACCAUAUCAACCAGCACAGGUUGACUUGAGUCUGUUUGCAAGUCUCACACGACAGAACAAACAUCUCACAGAACCCCAACUUCCUCCAUCACAAGGGAAGCCUACCAACCAACCAAAUGAACGAUCCAAGAAUGCCCCUUUAUCUUCCGAACGUGACUAUCACAUUGAUAUGCAACGACAAAUGCUUAGCAUGCAAAAUCAAACCAAUGGUAGCGAACCCGCACAGAAGCUCUAUGGUCAAACCCUGCUUAUCGAGCCUGAUCCAGUUACUGACAUCAAGAGUGCACCACAGCAAACUAAGGGCCCUAUCAACCACUCCAACUUAAAUCUUCACAGUCACAAACUUCAACAAUCCCAAUCGCAAGUGCUGAUGAAUGCUCCAAGUCAGCCGCUUUCUCACAGCCAAUCUCUUGGACAGCUUCAGAGCCAAAAAAGUGAAACAGAGCUUAAUCCGGUCGUUCCACCCAUGGACAUGAAUGUGCGUAAUAGGAAGACGAGUCAAGCUGAGGAUACCUUACCGAAACAUGCUAGCUUGGCCGACAAAAGAAUUCAGCAAAUCAAGGGAUUCAGAAACCCAAUGUAUAUUCCAGCAGUAUUGCGAAAAACAUUGGACAAGGAUGCUGAUUUAGGGCCUUUGUCCAGCAAUCUGACUGACACUGGCAGAGAGUCUUACUUUGAAGGACUCUCCAGAGUAGGGCUGCCAAACCGAGACCAUGGCUCUAGCUCCAAUUCCAUACGUUCGGUUGACCUGGCGGACAAUACCAUUGCCUCGCCUAGCCUCCCAUUCACGGGGCCCUACACGCUCAACAAGAAGCAAUAUGAACACAUAUUGAAAGCUGCACCUACAAGAAAACAUUGGCUUAAGGAUGAAGCUGUAUCUGAAUGUGGUAUAACCACUUGUCGCAAGAACUUCAACUUUUUUGAGCGCAGACACCAUUGCCGUCGCUGUGGUGGUAUUUUCUGCAAAGAGCACACGCUGCACUAUUUGUAUAUCAACCACCUUGCUCAAUUCACUACUGGUGGCCGCGGAACACUCUCCCGUGUUUGCGACAAUUGCAUUGAAGAGUACAACGAGUUCAUGAAGCAGGAGUUUGGCGUGACAUGUCACAGACCAAGAAGCUCGAUAGAUGUGACAACAGCGCCUUUGGAGGAACCAGAGGUCAAACCUUCGAACAAACCUGCUUUGAGCCCACGUAAGGAAUUGCUCAAGUACAAGAACCCACACCAGCGGCCAAGAAACCAGAUCUCUCCUCAAGUACAAAUUGGAAAGGGCUAUGCCCGCGAAGAUCAAUCCACCGAGCAAGUUGCAGGCAGCGUCCCCGCCAAUUGGAGUGUCAAAAUUGACACGGUGCGGUUGCUUCUUCGUACUGUUAUUUUCAUUUCAAUUGCGGGAGCUGCUAUCUCCUCGCGUCUAUUUUCAGUUAUUCGGUUUGAAUCCAUUAUCCAUGAGUUCGACCCUUGGUUUAACUUCAGAGCCACAAAGUAUUUGGUUUCUCACUCAUUCUACGACUUUUUGAAUUGGUUCGAUGACAGAACUUGGUAUCCUUUGGGCAGAGUCACUGGUGGCACUUUGUACCCAGGAUUGAUGGUUACUUCCGGUGUGAUUUGGCACACGUUAAGAGACUGGUUCGGCUUGCCCGUGGAUAUCCGUAACAUCUGUGUGAUGCUUGCACCAGCAUUUUCGGGUAUCACUGCCAUCUUCACUUACUACUUCACGAAGGAGAUGAAAGACUCCAACGCGGGACUUUUGGCCGCCAUUUUCAUGGGUAUCGCCCCAGGUUACAUCUCUCGUUCCGUGGCAGGCUCAUAUGAUAACGAGGCUAUUGCUAUCACCUUGCUCAUGGCCACAUUUUACUUGUGGAUCAAAGCCAUGAAGGUUGGCUCCAUUUUCUACGGUACUUUGACUGCCUUGUCGUACUUCUACAUGGUGUCUGCAUGGGGUGGUUACGUUUUCAUCACCAACUUGAUCCCAUUGCACGUUUUUGUGUUGAUCUUGAUGGGUCGUUAUAACCACCGCUUGUACACUGCCUACACCACAUGGUAUGCCUUGGGAACUAUCGCGUCGAUGCAGAUUCCUUUUGUUGGUUUCUUGCCUAUCCGCUCGAACGACCAUAUGGCUGCAUUGGGUGUCUUUGGUUUGUUGCAGUUGGUUGCUUUUGGUGCCUACGUUCGUUCAAACGUCCCCACCGCUCAGUUCAAGGUGUUUUUGACCGUGUCUCUUUUCUUCACUACCCUUUUGGGUGUGGCUGGUUUGACCGCCUUGACUGCCGCUGGCUGGAUUGCGCCAUGGACUGGUAGAUUUUACUCUUUGUGGGACACCAAUUACGCCAAGAUUCAUAUCCCAAUCAUUGCGUCUGUCUCUGAGCAUCAACCUACCGCAUGGCCCGCAUUCUUUUUCGACACUAACAUGUUGAUUUGGUUGUUCCCAGCAGGUGUAUUCUUCUGCUUCCAGGAGAUGCGUGACGAGCACCUUUUCAUUAUUAUUUAUGGUGUCCUUGGUUCCUACUUCGCUGGUGUUAUGGUUAGAUUGAUGUUGACUUUGACCCCAGUUGUUUGUGUUGCCGCUGCCAUUGCAUUGUCCAAGUUGUUCGAUGUUUACAUGGAUGUAUCCGACAUUUUCGGCUCCGAGGCUGCCGUCGAGGAGGUCUCUGAGAAGAAGAAGAAGGGACCCGCCAAGCAAGGCAAACAAUUCCCCAUCUUCAAGCUUCUCAGCAAGGGUGUCGUGUUGGCUUCAUUCGUGUACUACCUUGUCUUCUUCGUGUUGCACUGUACCUGGGUGACUUCUCAUGCCUACUCCUCACCUUCUGUGGUGUUGGCCUCACGUAAUCCAGAUGGCACUCAAAACAUCAUCGACGACUACAGAGAGGCCUACUACUGGUUGAGAAUGAACACUCCAGAGGAUGCCAAGGUCAUGGCCUGGUGGGAUUACGGCUACCAAAUUGGUGGUAUGGCCGACAGAACCACCUUGGUUGACAACAACACUUGGAACAACACUCAUAUCGCUACUGUGGGUAAGGCAAUGGCCACCAACGAAGAGAACGCAUACGAGAUUUUGAAAAAGCAUGAUGUCGAUUAUGUGCUCGUUAUUUUCGGUGGUGUAUUGGGAUACUCCGGUGACGAUAUGAAUAAGUUCCUUUGGAUGGUGAGGAUCUCCGAAGGUAUUUGGCCCGAUGAGAUCCACGAAAGAGACUACUUCAGUACCAGAGGUGAGUACAAGGUCGACAAGGAUGCCUCGGAAACCAUGAAGAACUCCAUGAUGUACAAGAUGUCCUACUACAGAUUCGCCGAAUUGUUCGGCGGCAGAGAGGCGCAGGACAGAGCUCGUGGACAAGUCAUUCCCUCGGACCCCAUCACGCUUGACACUGUAGAGGAAGCUUUCACGUCGCAAAACUGGAUUGUGAGAAUCUACAAGGUCAAGGAUCUUGAUAAUCUUGGUAGAGAACCCAAGGCAGCAGCCGACUUUGAGAGAGGAACUUCCGGGGCAAACAAGAGGGUGAGGGCCGUGAAGAAGCCCGCUUUGGACUUGAGGGUUUAA